UCCAGAUCUAUCGGCAUGGGAUGCUCUUCUUUUUUUUUUUUUUUGGGGUUCUUGUCUUGUGUUUGUUACCUGCGGCAGACAUGCGUCCCCCACCAACGCCGGACGCUACAGUAGAGCUUUGACGCCCAAGCACGCACUGAUCAGCCGAAGCGUGCCGCGCAACAGCAGACUCAGCAUCGGUUGGAAGAAGAUCUGGUUUUGUCGGCUAUCAAGGCUAUCACCGGUGGUAUGAGCAAGGUGUGCAUGGCCUGCGAGUGACGGCAUUGACUGCGCAACACGUGGUUGACGCAAUGCGCCAUCAGUCUUGUCCGUCACUUUUGUCUGGCGGACAGUGAUGUAUGCAGCCGACUUGAGUUUUUUUCUUGGUUUUUUUUUGGCGCCGGUCAUCUAGCUCGGGUAUGGGAAAUCCGGUGGUGGAUGCGGCUGUAUAUAUCUGCGAGAAAACAGCGCCAUUCUACAGGCUUUUCUCUUCCCAUCCAUCAGCACAUCACACAGCAAGCAACCUCCUCCAGCUUCCAACACCUCCUCAACCACACAACAACGAAACCCUCAUCUCAAGUCGACUUUACUCAUCAAGUCCUCACUUCAACAUCAAGAUGCGCUUCUCCAACUUCCUCGUCGGCCUUGCCCCCCUGGCUGCCGCCAGCCCGCUCGUCGCCCGUCAGAACAACCAGGCUGCCGCCCAGGUUGCCCUCAUCGGUGGCACCGUCGAGAGCAUCGGUGUCCGUUCCAACGGCAACCUCCUGGUCAGCCGUCUGGACAACGGGCAGAUCUUCUCGGUCGACAUGUCAAACAGGCGCCCCAGCCUUCUGGUCCCCUCGCUCGGCCCCAACAUCAACCAGGCCGGCAGCAUGGUCGAGAUUGGCAACGAUGUUUGGUACGUCGUCGGCGGCCGUGCCAACGUCCCCGGCAGCUACGGCAUCUACAAGAUCGACCUGGGCAACACCACGGCCGGCCAGUCGGUGCCGGCCAGCACCGUGGCCACCAUCCAGGGCUCCCGCAUGCUCAACGGUCUGACCAGGGGCUGGAACGACGACACCCUCCUGGUCGGCGACACGCUGGCCGGCAUGGUCUACAGGGUCACCAUCAGCUCGGGUGAGGUCUCGGCCGUCAUCUCCAACGACCAGGCCCUGGCCCCGGGACAGACGGUCGGGUUCGGCAUCGACGGCAUGAAGUACGUCAACAACACGCUCUUCUUCACCAACAUUGGCAAGCAGACCUUCAACAAGAUCUCCAUCGACGACCAGGGCAAGCCCGGCAGCGUGGUGCAGAUCUUUAGCGGCACCCCCGGCGACGACUUUACCUUCAACGAGGCCGGCGACGCCUUCAUGGCCACAAACUUCCAGAACUCGGUCAUCAAGGUCAGCCCCGAGGGCAACAUCACCAAGCUGGCCACCGUCCAGGGCUCCACCUGCACCGCCUUUGGCAAGACCGACUCCACCAAGAACAUGCUCUUUGUAGGCUCUGGUGCCCAGGUCGUCUCUCUCACCAUUUAAAAAGGAAAAAGAAUGUGUUUGGAUUCCGGUUUUUUUGUGGGCGAAUGAGCUGCUGGUGUGAAUGUGCUGGUUUUGGCUGCGUCGCUUGGUUUUUUGGCCCCCCUCCUUCCGUCUCACACCCUCCUCCCUCCUAGUCUAAUCGUAAGGCCAGGCGUUAAUACCCUGCCUGGAGAUCUUCUAUACCACCUCCCUCCCUUGCCCGAUACCUAGCUACUUAAUUGAUUUAUGUUCUUCUAAUUUCCGUU